UCUUCUCUCUGCCCGCGCCUCUCCCUUCCCGUCCAGCGUUUUGCCCUCUAGUGCCCAUCGGCAACCUCUCAAAGCCAAACCCAACCGAAGCCAUCCUGCGCGCAUUGCUAGCAUUCCAUCUCCCACCGCCGUCGUCGUCUUCGAUCGUCGGUUGGUUGGCAUGGGGGAGGAGCAUCGGCAGCAGCCGGCGGCGGCGGCGUGGCGGCUGAAUGUGAGUGACUUCCAGAUCCCGGAGCGGCCCAAGGAGCCGCCCUUCUCCACCGCCAUCUUCCACCGUGGCCAAGGGAAACAGCGAAAAAUCGCAAAGUACUAUGAGAAGCAAGAGAGCCUUCUGAAGGACUUCAGCGAGAUGGAAACCAUGAAUGAGCUGGGUAGCUUGACUGGUGCUCCUACUGAGGAAGAGUUGGCGAGCCUGGCCAAGGGCGAACGUCUGGCCAUCAACCUGUCCAACAUAAUUAACUUGAUCCUCUUCGCCGGGAAAGUUGUCGCUUCCUUCGAAACCGUGUCGAUGGCGGUUAUUGCCUCGACGCUGGACUCGCUAUUGGAUCUCCUGUCAGGGUUCAUCCUCUGGUUCACAGCGCACGCCAUGAAGAAGCCCAACAAGUACAGCUACCCAAUCGGGAAGAGGCGCAUGCAGCCAGUGGGCAUCGUGGUGUUUGCGUCAGUGAUGGGUUGCCUGGGGUUCCAGGUUCUGAUCGAGUCUGGGAGGGAGCUGGUCACGCAGCAGCACACGACGUUCGACAAGUACAAGGAGUUGUGGAUGGUUGGGAGCAUGCUGUCGGCGGCGGUGGUGAAGUUCUUCCUGAUGCUGUACUGCCGGACCUUCAAGAACGAGAUCGUCAGGGCGUAUGCGCAGGACCACUUCUUCGACGUGAUCACCAACUCUGUCGGCCUCGUUUGCGCCCUCCUCGCCGUCCGGUUCCACUGGUGGAUGGACCCCGUCGGGGCCAUACUGAUCGCGCUGUACACGAUCACGACGUGGGCGCGGACGGUGCUGGAGAACGUGGGGACGCUGAUCGGGCGGUCGGCGCCGGCGGAGUACCUGACGAAGCUGACGUACCUGAUCUGGAACCACCACGAGGAGAUCCGGCACAUCGACACCGUGAGGGCGUAUACAUUUGGGACGCACUACUUCGUGGAGGUGGACGUGGUGCUCCCGGGUGACAUGCCGCUUAGCCAGGCGCACGACAUCGGGGAGGCGCUGCAGGAGAAGCUGGAGCAGCUGCCGGAGGUGGAGCGCGCCUUCGUCCAUGUCGACUUCGAGUUCACCCACAGGCCCGAGCACAAGGCAGACGUGUAGAAGCUAUAGGGUGUACCAGUAUCAUAGCAGUCGCAUGUUAAUUGCUUGGAGCUCUGUUUUCUUUUUUGGCCAUGCUCUUUCGCUUUGUUCAUCUAUUACUUGGAGGUGCUAGGGGCUGGUAAGCAGUCGUUGUAUGACAAUAUGUUCCGAAAGAUCAUGUAGUUUCUUAUUCUAUCUAUCGAGAGCAUAACGCCAUUGCUUUCUGGUAAUUGACCAAGAAAUAACUACCGAGCCGUCGGAUUAGCCAUUG